CGCCCGUCAUAUAACUGAGCAGCACUCGACAGACCGACCCCGCCGCCGCUCGCCGUCGCCGGAGGAGGAACAGGAGCCAACGCGAUGGCGCCGGAGCCAGAAGACGAUCUCAUGAGCGAGAAGAACCCCAGGCCUCUCGACGAGGACGACAUCGCCCUCCUCAAGACCUACGGGCUUGGACCCUACUCGAACAGCAUCAAGAAGGUCGAGAAGGAUAUAAAGGAGAUGGCCAAGAAGAUCAACGACCUGUGCGGGAUAAAGGAGUCUGAUACUGGAUUGGCUCCACCAAGUCAGUGGGAUCUUGUAUCAGAUAAACAGAUGAUGCAAGAGGAGCAGCCACUGCAGGUUGCUAGAUGCACGAAGAUUAUAAGUCCCAAUACUGAUGAUGCCAAAUAUGUCAUCAAUGUUAAACAAAUCGCAAAGUUUGUGGUCGGCUUAGGUGAUAAAGUUUCCCCCACUGAUAUCGAGGAAGGGAUGAGAGUUGGGGUUGAUCGAAACAAGUACCAGAUACAAAUCCCUUUGCCACCCAAGAUUGAUCCUAGUGUUACAAUGAUGACAGUUGAAGAAAAGCCGGAUGUGACAUAUAAUGAUGUUGGUGGCUGUAAGGAUCAGAUUGAGAAGAUGCGGGAGGUUGUGGAGCUUCCUAUGCUCCAUCCCGAGAAGUUUGUCAAGCUGGGUAUUGAUCCUCCAAAGGGAGUACUUUGCUAUGGCCCUCCAGGAACUGGAAAGACACUUCUUGCCAGGGCAGUGGCUAAUCGCACAGACGCAUGUUUUAUCCGCGUGAUAGGAAGCGAGUUAGUUCAGAAGUAUGUUGGUGAAGGGGCAAGGAUGGUUCGUGAACUCUUCCAGAUGGCUCGGUCAAAGAAGGCAUGCAUUGUCUUCUUUGACGAGGUUGAUGCCAUUGGUGGUGCUCGCUUUGACGACGGUGCUGGUGGUGACAACGAGGUCCAGCGCACCAUGCUCGAGAUUGUCAAUCAGCUGGAUGGUUUUGAUGCGAGAGGAAACAUCAAGGUCCUCAUGGCUACCAACAGGCCUGAUACGUUGGACCCGGCACUGUUGCGUCCAGGGCGGUUGGACAGGAAGGUCGAGUUUGGCUUGCCUGAUCUGGAGGGCCGCACCCAGAUCUUCAAGAUCCACACCCGCGCGAUGAACUGCGAGCGGGACAUCCGGUUUGAGCUGCUGGCUCGCCUCUGCCCCAACUCCACUGGUGCCGAUAUCCGGAGUGUGUGCACAGAGGCUGGCAUGUACGCUAUCCGCGCGCGGAGGAAAACUGUCACGGAGAAGGAUUUCUUGGACGCAGUCAACAAGGUCAUUAAAGGUUAUCAAAAGUUCAGCGCCACGCCGAAGUACAUGGUCUAUAACUAGAUAGCGCGACGUUAGCUCCCUGUGUGUCUGCCACUGGGGCCUUCUUCUAGGGGAUUGUUGUUUGUUGCUCUGCCUUCUUUCCUUGUCCAAUAGAAACUUUUGAGGCGUUUUCUGCAUCAUAUGUUACUGUGGAUGGUACGAAGUUUGAAAUGUCAAACUGGAAGGAAGGAAGGAUGACGAUGACGACGAUGCCAUUUUCUUCUCUCGCACUGUUUGCUGCAUCGCAUAUGUUAAUUCGAUAGUAUAAAGUUGAGUCAUUUAUUUUGAAA